UGGGGUCCCAAACAAAGUACUUCAAUGAGAUUGGAUGUUAAAAAAUAUUAGAAGCAAAGAAUGGCCGAGAAGUUCAAAUAUCCCUUUUCCGCGCUCUGUUCUCUUCCCCCGUAUUUGGUAGCAUCCGAACUGAAGCAAAUCGAUCCCUUUCUUCGCUAUCCUCAACCCUUCCUCUUUCUGAUUCGUUCUCCCAGCCUAUAAAUUUGAAUUGAAACGAAACCCCAAAUCAAUUUUCCAAGUUCUUGACGAUCCAGGCAUAUAUAUAGAAAUGGCUGCUCCGGUGGUGAAUGCAGAGUAUCGGAAGGAAAUCGAGAGGGCCCGUCGAGACCUUCGCGCUCUCAUCUCCAGCAAGGGAUGCGCGCCCAUCAUGCUUCGACUGGCGUGGCAUGAUGCAGGUACCUACGAUGCUAAAACAAAGAGAGGAGGCCCUAAUGGCUCAAUUCGGAAUAGGGACGAAUAUGAGCAUGGUGCAAAUAAGGGUCUGAAAAUUGCAAUCGAUUAUUGUGAAGAAGUGAAGGCUAAACAUCCACAAAUUACAUAUGCCGACCUUUACCAGCUUGGUGGGGUUGUUGCAGUUGAGGUCACUGGAGGCCCCACUAUUGAUUUUGUUCCUGGUAGAAAGGAUUCAAUGGAUUCUCCAAAAGAAGGGCUCCUUCCAGAUGCUAAGAAAGAUGCUUCACAUUUAAGGGACGUAUUUUAUCGGAUGGGUCUGUCAAACAAGGACAUUGUGGCACUCUCUGGGGCUCAUACGCUGGGAAGGGCACAUCUGGAAAGAUCGGGCUUUCAUGGCCCUUGGACAAAGGAACCUUUGAAGUUUGACAACUCAUAUUUUGUGGAGCUUCUGAAAGGAAAUAGGGAGGGACUGCUACAACUUCCCACAGACAAGGCCCUUAUACAGGACCCUGAUUUCUAUCACUAUGUUGUGCAAUAUGUAAAGGAUGAAGAGGCGUUCUUCACCGACUAUGCAAUGUCACACAAGAAACUUUCAGAGCUAGGGUUUACUCCUCCUUUCAGGUACAUGGUUGGCAUAAAGAACUGGACACUAUUGGCUCAAGGUGCUGUGGGAGUUGCUGUUGCUGCGGCGGUGAUCAUGUUUCUUUCGUAAACUGCGUAGAACAGAGUAAAAACAGUUUUCAUCCGUUAAAUGUGGUUUGUCUAUUGUGAAUGGUUUGUGUUCACACUGUAUAUGUUGUGUGAAAAAGAAGAUUUCAAUAAUAAAAGUAAAUUAAUAAUGGAUGAAA